AUAUAUAUUUUGUAGCAGAAGCAGAUUGCCGCGAGUAAACAAGUAAAAUGAAAAGCUCAAAUCAAAGCGAAAUGAAAGCGAAGCAUUGCAAAGAAUAAAAUAAUAGGUACUGAAUAAAUCUACAAUAUAAAGUAAAAUUGAAAAAUAAAAUAUAAAAUAAAUAAACACAUACGUAAAUCGCUGGGUAGAAAUCCGAAAUCCGAACGCGAAUAAGCUUUCGAACUUUGCAACUUCAGUCGCGGUGUGUAAGCGAGUCUGAGCAGAUCGUUGUGGCGUUCAUUCACUUUGUAAACGCGACACUAAAAACGUAGAUUUUUUUAUAUUAAAAAAAAUAUAUAUAUAUGUGCAUUUGAUUACAAAAUCACAAGUGAAUUGAAUGUGAACAGUGCAGUGAAGCGCGAAGCGAAAUAAACAAUAAAAACACGUUUUACGAGUUACUUGGCACAUUUAAUCAGUGACCUUUGAAGGCCUACGCUCUCUAGAAAUACCGACGCACAUACAUACAUAUAUAAACACACGUCUAAAUAAUUUUUUAGCACAGAAAACAAUAAAUCCAAAUGGAUCAAAAACGCGCUAUGCUCUAUCCGGAUAUCGAUCCUGCACACAAUGCUGCCACUCAUGGUCAUCGCAUAUCUGCCUCUGCUGCCAUGGGCUUGCCAGCUGAGGCGCCUCCUUCAUAUGACUUUGCUAUAGCAUCCACUUCCACACCUACGCCGACGCCAACUGUGUCAAACACUAAAGGAGGAGCAGGCAGUGGUGCGCUGGGUUGGACACCUAGCGCACCGGCGGUGACCACACCUGAACCACAAGCGCCAUCGUCUCAGCCAUUACCACACCACGGCCAGACAAGGCCUGUGAUUGUGGUACAACCACUGCCUCAACAACAAACACAAUCACCAACAACACAAGUAGGUAAUGUUCCAACGCGCAUGAAAUUAGGUCCCAAUCCAUGUGCGGUCACCUGUCCCGUCUGCGGUGCCAACAAAACGACGCGAAUGGUUUUCACACCCAACACACGAACGCAUAUUUGUGCGGGAAUACUAUGCUUGGCCGGUUUCUGUUGUUGUGCUUGUUUGGUGCCCUAUUGCAUGAACAGCUGUCGGACUGGCAAUCAUUAUUGCUCACAAUGCAACACGUUUCUUGGAGUUUAUAAUCCACGGAAAGUAUGAAAGUGACGAUGAAAGUGAUGUUGGACUUUUCCAUACAUAUACACAUAUUUAUACGUAUUUACGUGUGUACAUAUGUAUGCAUGUGUAUGAAAUGAAGUAGUGCUUAAAAAGUUGUAUAACUUUUAUUAAAGAAAUUUAAUUUUUAUUUUUUUUUUUGGGAAAAUAUAAUUCGCAUACUAUAUAUAUUUAUGUAUGUACUAUGAUUAUGUUUAUUAUAUGUGCAUAUGUACACCUAAAUAGAUGGAUGCAUGUGUGUAUAAGAAAUAUGUAUGUAUCAUGGAUUUUCGCUUUUAAUUUAGCAAUGUAAUGUUUUGCUUGCUUUAUGUAAACAAUUGCGGCACAUGCGCCGCUCUUGUGCAACCACAUGCAAGUACAUACAAAUGUACAUAUCGCUAGCUUAGAGAAAAAAGUUGCUAAAUCCAGUUUAUAUUCCUUGUGACUUGUCACUUGGAAUAACAAAUGUACAUAGCUGAAUCUAAACGGUUGGAAAUUAAAUAGUUAAACUCUGAUUAUGGCAACUUAAAUUAACUUAACCUAAGUUAGAACUUAGAAAAUCAAAAUUAAAUAGGCUUCGACGUGACAUUAAGUUACUUUAAGUUCCGCCUGUCCAAAUAUUAUCAACAUCCAUUUAAUAAAAUUUCUAAGUGACAGGCUCUAGGUUACGUUAAGUUUCCAUAACAAACCUUUAGCAUUUUUAUUGUUCUUGCUUCUUGCAUCAAAGUAUACAAUAAUAUAAAAAAGUGGACUUGGCAACUUUUUACUCUUAGGCAGCAAUUUUUAUAAUCUUAUGUAUAAAUAAGUACUUAUUUUGCUUUAAUUUGUAUUAUAAAUUGUAACGAAAAAACAACUUGCAUACAUAUCGCAGCUGGUGUGCGUAUUAUUUUUGGAACAAAGUUAUUUCCUACCUAAUUUAAUUUAAUAUCUAUAACAAUCUAGCUAUAAGAAUUGUAUACAAAGCAUUAGUCUCUUUUAUUUAUAAACCGCACUAGAAAAAAGUCUAAUCUGCGCAACCAAGUUGAAAACUAGCAUCUAACCAUCGUUGCGCACAUUUGGCAUUACAAUCUACUGAGAUUUAGAAAUAAAAGAGACUGAUGCUUUGUAUUUUGAUGUUGUGGAAUGCACCCAAAAUUCUGAACUAAGUAAGUGAUGGAAAGGCAAUUUGUAUUGUUUAGCAAGCGAUAACGCAGAUUGUUGAUUCUGUGAUAAAAAAUUAUGUCUGGUGGUAUUUAAAAACACAUACAUAUAUACAUAUAUAUACUUGCGCAUAUCAUAUGAACCUGGAAGUCUGGCGUAGCAAAACCACAACACGCCGCCAGGUACGAAUGUCGCCGCGAAAUUGCUCAAAAGAUUAGCUGUAAGAAAGCAGCAGCCAUUCCGUUGUUACUGAAUAUUUUUUUAUUAUUAAAAUACCUAUACGUAUGUAAAAGUUUGUGUUUUACUUCAAUAGAAUUAACUAAUUUUUUAAUAUGCAUUAAAAUAGAAGAGCUACCAUUCUCCCAGCAAGGGUUUGUUCUGAGUUUGGGACCCGCCACCUAAAAACCACUUCCACUAAAGAACCAACGCAAAGGGCUAUCAUUAUG